GUUUUGUCUAUGAUCAAAAAAAUAGAAACUUUACAAACUAGCAGCAAGCCGUCAUGAAAGAAGUGUGAACAUUUUUUCUGUAAAACUGUCUGUUUGACUUGAAAAGUUAACUUUGUUGGGGCGCUGAAACUGAAAUUAAAACUUUUACGCAAACUUUUAAAAAUAUGUAAAAAUGGCAGACGAUCAACUUCCAGACAGUGCUACUCAGACACAAACUCAGAAUUCUCAAAUUGAAUGGAGUCAACAGAAUACUCCGUCUUUUAUUCCUACCAUCUGGGGAAGAUUGUAUUCUACGAAAAUUACGACGACUGGGAGGCACUGCUGGUCAAAUUCCCGGCGCCCUGAAUAUUUUGAUCUCAUUCAACCAGAGUUUACUGUGGGCAGAGCCCUAACAUGCAGCUAUCCAGUGAAAAGAGAUGUCAUCAAAGAGUCUAUAAUCAAAAAUAUCAGCAAACAACAGUUUAGAAUCACAAGAGAUAUGUCUGAGCCCCUGUGUCCAGCUAUUAUAACUGAUUUGUCAUACAACGGCACUUUUGUCAAUGGAGAACUGAUUGGCAAAGGAAACUGCCGUGUAUUAGAUGAUAAUGACGAGAUAGCUAUCACUCAUGUGUUUGUCAAAAUUUUUAUUUUCAAAGAUUUGUUGAAAAAUGAACAAGAUCAAGUUCCUAAAGAGAUUUCUAAGAAGUACUAUAUCUCGAGGACAUUGGGCCAGGGUGCCUGUGGCCUAGUCAAACUCAUUUAUGACAAAGUCAAAUGUACCAAAUAUGCUAUGAAAAUAAUUAAGAAGAGUAGACUGACUAAUGGACAAAUCAACCAUUUGAAUGAUCCAGAAAAGAUCAUGAAUGAGAUUGCCAUUAUGAAAGCUGUACAGCAUCCAUGUAUAAUCUCAACGGAGGAAGUGUUUGACUCUCGUGACGCAGUCUACAUAGUCCUGGAACUGAUGCAAGGCGGGGAACUGUUUGACAGGAUCACUAAACAAGGACACUUGUCUGAACAAUUUACAAGGUUCCUGUUCAGACAGAUGGUGCUGGCUGUGAAGUACCUCCACUCUCAGGGUAUUACACACAGAGAUCUCAAGCCUGAAAAUGUACUUCUUGAGAGCCAGGGGGAUGACACUCUAGUCAAAAUAACUGACUUUGGACUGAGUAAGUUUGUUGGAGAAGACAGUUUCAUGAAGACUAUGUGCGGCACACCACUGUACUUAGCACCUGAGGUGCUUAGAGCGAAUGGACAGAAGAGCUAUGGACCAGAAGUAGAUGUGUGGAGCUUGGGAGUUAUUUUCUUUGUAUGCCUCGUCGGCUACCUACCAUUCUCGGCAGACUAUAACGACAUGUCCCUCAAAGAUCAAAUUAUGACGGGAAGGUACAGAUUCUCGCAAGCACACUGGUGUAACAUAAGUUUGCAGGGCAAACUGCUAAUGAAGAGAAUGCUGACAGUACAAGUUGACAGAAGGAUCACACUUAACCAAAUCCUGAACCAUAGCUGGAUGCAGGACAAUGAUGUAAUCAUCAGGGUGGAAAAGUUACUUUCCCAUAAGCAAGCAACAUCAGGCACGGAGGUGUCUCUUUCAACCUCAAGUGAAGAUGAUGAGAAUGGCAACUCUGGUGCUGUCACUGUACUAAGGUUGGUAGCGACUGCCAAACGACCGCUGAGCGACAGUUUCAGCUCCUGUGAACCCAUCCCUAAGAAACUAAGGAUUGGUAUGUCUGAAAAACAUGAUGACACAACUUCUACAACUAGCUGCUGCUCUGAUGAUUAAGUUUUGAUUAAAAUCUCUUGACAAUUUUAUAUAUUACUGGUUCUAAUAAUUCUAUUGUCAUUUUUUAUACAAUAAUUAUGAAACAAAGUGUCUUGACUGUGACUGUACAUUCCGCUACGCAUUUCGGAAGUACAAUUAAUGAAUGACGGGUAUUUUUGGUUUUAAAUACCAUUUUAUUUGGAAUAAUUGUUAUUUUAAUAAUUAAUGAUUAAAUGAUUACUUAUAAUUUUGUUCAGUAAGGACAUGUGAUAUUUUUUAAUGUUUCUCAAUUUUAAUUUGUCCAAUGUGACACGUUUGUUAAGAUAUUGUUUGAUUUUAAAUGUGAAAGUGUCCAUAUAUGUUAAACAAGAUUGUGCAAAUGUAAAUGUGCACAAAACUUUAUUGUACCAGUUAAAUGUGGAUGCAUGUUAUUUUAAAGGUGCCAUAUUGAACUUAAAAAAUACUGUAAUAAGAACGAGUU